AUGAACAGCGUCAAUGAUACCCACAUGAGCUCUCUGAGCAGCGCUGCUGCGGACAUUCCGUCAUCAGCUGCUGAGCUGCCCAAAGCCGUGUCAUCCGACACCAUCUCGCAGUCGCAAUCGCAGUCUUCUUCACUCGUCCUGAGCCACAGACCAGCACCACCAGCCUUCAGUGAUGAAGAUGGCGAUGCAACUGGCUCUAUCAAGUCGGAGUUGAGCUCGAUUGCGUCCGACUCUCCUGGUCCAUCCAAAGCCCCUUCCUCUUCUUCGAGCUCCCGCUCUGCUUCGCCUUCUCGGAUGCCGAACAGGGGGCUUCCACAUAUCGCUGCGCUAGGUGAAACAUCAGCACAGGGCUCCAUGCGGUCGGGAAGCGUCUCUUCUGCUUCAAGGUCACCUUCCUAUACAUCUCGACCCGAACCACGCAAACCUACGCAGCGCUUGAACGAAGCAGCUGCUAAUCCAGAGCUGUAUGGCCUGAGGCGUUCGGUGAGUAAGCUCGGAGAUCUUACAGUCCCCGUGCGCGGUGGGUCCGACGCGUUGGAUCUUGAUCCGAAGCGAGCUGGUCAGGGAGCUUCAUAAGCUCGACUUUGUUGUGUAGUAUGUACUGACGCUCUUGCUACUGCUUCACCGGACCGCGAUCGCCAGGGUCGCGCAACAAAGCAAAGUGUGAGUAGCAGGCACGUCACAAGCAUCCAAACGCUUCCAGCGGCCUUGACUCCGCCCACGAGCUGCACCGCUAACACAGUUAAUAUCGAAUCCCAUGUACAGUACAUCGAUAGCUCCAGUGGCGAGGAUGACGACAGCGGCGAUGCUCUUCCUGGCAGAGCGUCGCGCAAGGUGAAGUCCGCGAAACGUGCAUCCGCACUGAAGCCGAAAGCGAGGGGUAAGCAUGGUGUUGAUUGGAUGCCCCGAGUACCAUCUUUCCUUGCUCACGAGGCUUCUCGCUGUGUCUUGCAGAAACAUUUCGCAGUGCAGCCAGAGAUGAUGGUUCGGAGAGCUCAGACGACUAUGCGCAGCGAACCCAUCGAAAGGCAGGGGCGCCCAAAGCUAGCACGCGCCGCACAGUGGGCAGGCAUCGCAACAAACGUCCCGCGCCCGACGAAGACGAAGACUCCGCCGACAUUGCGAGGAUACCAUCUAGAGGGAACCGCAAGCCAAAUUACAACGAGGACCAGCUGGGUCUGUCGUUCGAGUCUGAUGACGAUCCCUUCGAGGACCGGGCGACGGAAGCAAACGCAGCGUACAUGCAGGCGAUGCCAGAUGGAGGUGAGUGGAGUACACACGCGAAUGACGCGACGAACCACGUUGGCUGAAUGGGGGCGCCCUUGCACUUGCGACAUCUGUGUAGAAUUGGAGGCCAUCGAGGGAGUCUUUGGCCAUACCCGGGCUCAAGAUUUUCGUGAGUACUGCUGCUAUGUUCCUGCGUCUGUCUUCCCUUGCUCACGCCGUGACAGCUCUCCACCGCCUCGCGCAUUGCAGUCGACGACAAGGAGGACCUUCCAACAAAGAACAUGGUGUACACCAUCAAAUGGCAGGGCUAUUCUCAUCUCCAUGACACCGAAGAAACUUACGACUUUCUGGUCAAGAGCGGCUACGGAGGCUUGAAGCGGCUAGAGAAUUACAUCAGGCAAAUCGUUCGACCUGAAAUCGAACUGCUCAAGAAUCCAGAGACAAGUAGAGAGGAUGUGGAAUUGCUCCACAUUGACAAGGAACGGCAAAAGGACGCUGUCGAGGGAUUCAAAGUGGUAGAAAGGAUUCUGGACCAACGCCAGAAUGAGCCCAGCAAGGAUCAUCCGUACUCACACCUCGCCUACUUCUGCAAAUGGAAGGGGCUGUCUUAUGCGGACUGCACCUGGGAAGCCAACGAAGACAUCAAAGAUGAGGCUUCGAGACCCAUCCAAGCAUAUUUGAAACGAGUGGCUUGCAAGACUAAGCCUGAACACAGCCAAGCCUACCACCGAGGUCGACCCGUCUACACCAGAAUGACGGAGCAGCCGACAUACAUCUCGCCGGGAGGGGAGCUCAAGCCUUUUCAGAUGCGUGGCUUGAAUUGGCUUGCAUACCUCUGGUCUAACAACCAGAACGGCAUCUUGGCAGACGAGGUGCGUGUGUGCGCGGAAUGAGCUCAAGGGUCGUCACUAACUCGUGCAUCUUCGCCACCACAGAUGGGCUUAGGCAAAACAGUCCAGACCGUUGCUUUCUUGUCCUAUCUCUUCCACUCUCAGCAUCAGUAUGGCCCCUUUCUCGUAGUCGUCCCCCUGUCCACACUCCCAGCCUGGAUGCAGCAGUUUGAGGUAUGGGCACCGGACAUGAACGUCGUCAGCUACAUCGGCAGCGCCAAAAGCCGUGAGAUCAUCCGCAGCUACGAAUUUGGAUCACAGAAACGACUCAAAAUCAAUGUUCUCGUGACCACGUACGAGUUCGUGCUCAAAGACCGAGCCGAUUUGAGCUCGAUCAAGUGGCAAUUCCUCGCCGUAGACGAGGUGAGUCGAUCUCGUCGAGCUAUAGCAAGUACGUCGAACGCUAACAAGCCAUGUCAUCCUCCAGGCGCACCGGUUGAAGAAUUCAAGUGCGCAGCUAUACGAGUGUUUGAUGUCUUUCCACACUGCAAACAAGCUGCUCAUCACUGGUACACCACUUCAGAACAACAUCAAAGGUGAGCUUCGAAUGUGCUGUGAAGGCGCAUUUGCGCGGGAUUGUUAUCGUCGCUCACGUUUGCGAACUGCCCUUCCAUCUCAGAACUGAUCGCUUUGAUGCACUUUCUGCGCCCGGAUGAAUUUCCUUUGGAGGUCGACUUCGACAUCGAAAAUGUCGACCCUGCAUCCGUUCGAGCGCUACACGAGAAGCUCGACAACGUCAUGAUCAGAAGACUAAAGAAGGACGUCGUUAAAGAGCUGCCGACAAAAUCGGAGAAGAUUCUGCGGGUGGAGAUGUCCUCUAUGCAGCAAAGAAUGUACAAGGCAAUCUUGACGCGCAACUUUUCCCUUCUCAGCCAGUCGUCGUCAGCUCAAUUCAGCCUACUCAAUAUCGCGAUCGAGCUCAAGAAGGCCUCGAAUCAUCCGUACUUGUUUGAAGGAGCAGAGGUCCCGUCGGAGAAGCGCGAGGAGACCCUAAAGAACAUGGUCAUGCACAGCGGCAAGAUGGUUCUCGUCGACAAAUUGUUGACGCGUCUGAAGCAAGACGGUCACCGUGUCCUCAUUUUCAGUCAAAUGGUGCGAAUGCUGGAUAUACUGUCUGACUACAUGUCACUACGCGGAUACAUCUUCCAGAGGCUUGACGGCACCAUCUCGUCAGAGCUCCGCCGCAAGAGCAUCGAGCAUUUCAAUGCUCCUGAUUCGCCAGACUUUGCCUUUCUGCUUUCCACGCGUGCCGGCGGUCUCGGUAUCAAUCUGGAGACGGCAGACACGGUCAUCAUCUUUGACUCUGAUUGGAACCCUCAGAAUGACCUGCAGGCCAUGGCGCGCGCGCAUCGACUCACAUCGAAGCACCACGUCUCCGUUUUUCGCUUGGUCACUGCGGACACAAUCGAAGAGAGCGUCCUCGAGAAGGCUCGCCAAAAGAUGCUUCUCGAACAUGCUGUGAUUGCCAACCUCGACACGUCAGGUACAGACUACGAGGCUGGAAAAGUUGCGAAGGCGUCCAAAUCCGCCAACAACCCGUCGCGUGACGAGCUUGCUCAGAUCUUGAAGCUCGGAGCUCAGACGCUGUUCCAGAGAGGCGAGGAUGAUCAGAAUACCAAGCUGUCCCGUCUCGAUCUCGACCAACUUUUGGAAAGCGCUGUGGAUCUGGAGACUGCUGGCGACACCCACACUUCCACGGGUGGCGAAGCUUUUGCCAAGCUGUUCAACGUGUCCGACAUAAAGGUUGGUGAUACUGACUGGGAUGACAUUGUGCCGCUCGAAGAACGGCAAAAGGCCGAGGAAGAAGAGCGGCAGCGCGCAGUCCAUGAAGCGGCCGCUGCAAGCUCAAGUCGCAGGCGCACAGCCGCUGACGAUGGCAUUGCCAAGACUGCCAAGGUGAAGGCCACCGGCUCGGACGAAGAUGUUGAAGACGAGGAUGACGACGAGGAUGAAGAGGAUGACGACGAUGAGAAGGCUGGCGGCAAGCGCGUUCGCAAAAGCGGAGGUGCUGGGGGUGCAGCGCGCUUUGCAAAGCAGCGCAAGUCUGCCGCUGAGCGAUCCAUGGAUCUUUCGGACCGUGAUCUGCGAGUUCUCAUCCGGGGCAUUCAACGUUGGGGCGACAUACGCUGGCGUUACGACACCAUCGCUGGCGAGGGCAGGCUGCACUCGAAGAACAGAGCUGUUCUGGAAAGCUUCUCGGAUGAUCUCAUUGCCGAGUCUGAGAAGGCGGCAGCUGCACAUGAGGAAGAGAAGCAAGCUGCCGCUGCCACCAGCCCCGAGGCUGCUGCCGCUUUGAGGCAAAAAGCUGUGAUGGUCACAGUACGUGGUAUCUCAACCAACGGCGAGACAACGUUACUUCGUCACCACGGACUUCGAUUACUCUUUCAAAAGCUGCAUAAGCUCAGUGAAGACAAGCGCAUGAAGUGGAGCGUGCCCGUGGAGCAUCUGAAAGGCACAGCCAAUUGGGCGAAUGGAUGGGGCGAUGAGCUCGACGCCAGGCUGUUGGUCGGAAUCUUCAAACAUGGCUUUGGCUGCUGGGAGCAGAUAGAGGCCGACGACUCGCUGGGACUUAAGGAUUACUUCUUCUUGGAAGAAGGAAAGAAAAUCAUCGAGCCGAAGUCGGCUGCUGGUGCUGAGGGAGCGCAUGCGGACGACGCCACACAGGCAAACGCGACAGAGGCAGUCGAGAGCAAGCCCAAGCGCAAGUUACCGACCAUGGCCGCACGUCCCAUUCCCAAUGCUAUCCACCUUGUGCGCCGCGGAGACUACUUGCUCCGUGAACUGCUCGACGCAGGUGAGUCAAAGUCAAGCAGUCGGUUCGAUAUCACGGGUGCUAGAGUGAACCUUUUGCACCCACUUGUAGAUGAGCACCAGAGGCAGUUGCGCGACACAAAGCAGAAAAAUGGCAAGGAUGUCAAAGAAGCCAAGAGUGCUGCCUCCGCGGCCGAAAAGCAGACCGCUUCUGCACCUCCCAACAAAAAGGCGCGAAAGACGAGCGAGGCACGCAGCGGCCACGACUCCCCAGCUCCCGCUCCUCCGCCUGGCAAGGCGAAGGGCAUCAAGUUGAGUAGACCAAAGAAAAGAUCACCGGCUGCGGCCGUUAAACCAGAAGACACGCACACGGAGGAAGAGGAUAAAUCAUCUUAUUCCAGCAUGGACGAGGAGGAUUGCAAAGAAUCGAUGCGACCCUGCCGGAAGGAAUUGAAGCGUUUGAAGGAGACUGAAGCCAUGUCUCGCGAAGACAAGGUUGUAGUGCUUAAAGAAAGCCUCUCGGCCAUCGGCAGCUGCAUACAGAACGUCAUCGCUACCCGCUUCAAAGAUCAGCCAACCUCAGCGGCAGCUAGACAGCGGCGUCAUCUAUGGGCUUGGGCGGCCUUCUUCUGGCCGAGGCCAGUCAAGGCAGCCCAGCUUCGCGGCAUAUACCGCAAGAUGACGGGCGCCAGCGACGUCGCCUCGUCGCCAAUUCCAGCACCUGCGGUGAUUCCGGCUGUCAAGAAGAGGCAGCGUUCUUCGGAAGAUCAUGCUGCUCGUGUGCCAUCUCCCUUGGCUAUCAAGACCGAUGCUAGCGCCAAAAAGCCUCGCAUUUCUCCUGUCAAUGUUGCGUCGAAGCCGGAUCACAAGGCUACCGAACAGUCGCAAGCAGCUGCAGCGUCUCCAACGAGAGGGGAAGAUCCUAAGGCCACGACCGUGGCGGCUACUAACAGUGUCACCGUAGAAGACCGUAGUCGCGCUGGCUCCGUUCGCACGCUCGAAAAUUCGGCGCACGGGUCACCGUACAACAAGCCAGGUGCGCUGCCGCGUGCCAACGACUCGCCACGGCCGGCAGCACGUGCGUCUCCUCCAGAACGCCAACAUAAUGGGAGCUCUUCGUCACAUCCUAACGAUCGCGACGCCCAUCGGCGGCCGCCCUCUGCAGAUCCACAUGCACAUCCCCAUGAAGUAGGGCACCCAUAUCCUCAUCCACGCCAUCGCGAUGAGCUUAUCCGGGAGCAUAGUCGCGACUCUUACGGCCAACAGCGAGAGCAUGACAUAGAAAGAACCAGGUCAAGAGAGCACGGCUGGGAACGUGGUCGCGAUCGGGAGCGGGAUCGAGAGCACGACCGUGAUGCCUGGUAUGGCAGCAGGGAGCGGGCGCGCGAUUGGCGAGAUGAGCGCGAUCGAGCAUGGCACCAUGAGCACGACCGCGAACGGGCGCGGGACUGGGAUCGCGAGCGAGAAAUGUACGAGCGCGAUCAAUACUAUGUGGCGCGGGAUCGAGAGUGGCAACAUCAGAGCGGCUACGCGCGAGGAUACUCUGGCGCUUCGGGAGGAUACGCGGAGUAUCCCGACUACUACGAUCGCAGAUGA